AUGAGGAAUUCUCCAACGUCGAUUGUCGGAAUAGCGCAGACAAGUGGUCAGUCUAAUUGCAGUGUUCUAUGCAAGAUAAAAUCGAGAGUCAGCGACUUUUGUACAACUCUGGAGUUUAUCGUAAUUCCAAAGAUCAUCGGCCAAUUACCAACUCAGUUUCCUACAACGCCAUUAAAAUUACCAAAGGAUAUACCGCUGGCUGAUCCUCAAUUUUGGGCUCCUGGUCGCGUAGAUAUGCUAAUUGGCGCAGAAAUAUUCUACAAACUGAUUUGCCCGGGCCAACUUCAACAAAAUUCAAUUCCGCCACUACUAUUCCAAGAAACGGUGCUCGGAUGGGUUGCAUCAGGAAAAAUCAGCCACUUCAAUGUGAAGGAAUCAACAGCUGUCUCGGCAACAGUUCAUAUCGAUGAUCGCAUGGAACAGACUAUCCGGAGUUUUUGGGAACUGGAGGAAGUAAACUCAGCUCAAAAACUCCUCGGAAUCGGAUCACGAUGUGAAGAAGAAUAUACAACGCAUACAAGGCGCAGUCCAGAUGGGCGAUACACGGUACCGCUGCUAGUAGACUAUGAAAAAUUAAAUCGUAUUGGUGACACGUUGGGCAUGGCUCAAACACGAUUCUAUGCUACGGAAAGGCGCUUGCAGGGCAACCCAAGACUACGGAAGGAAUAUAACCAGUUUAUGCAAGAAUACAUUAACCUUGGGCAUAUGAAGGAAGACACCGCAGAUGUCCAGGCUCAUGAGCUGGAAGUAUUCCUGCCACAUCAUUGCGUCAUCAAGGCCGACAGCGAAACAACACGGCUUCGAGUAGUAUUCGACGGCUCGGCAAGAGGCACCGGAGGUUUGUCCCUAAAUGACGCACUGUUGGUUGGGCCAACGGUUCAGGACGACCUUUUUUCAAUCACUGCUCGGUUCAGAACUCACCGAUAUGUCUUCACCGGGGAUAUAGAAAAAAUGUACCGGCAAAUAAAAAUAAUGAAGUCACAAACGCACUUACAAAAAAUAUUAUGGAGAGACAGCCCGCACCAACCUUUAAAGACUUUCACGUUGCAAACGGUCACUUACGGUACCUCCUCAGCCUCAUACUUAGCAACUCGGACUCUCACUCAGCUCGCCCAGGAUGACGGAGUCAAGUUUCCAUUAGCCGCCGAAGUCAUCAACAAAGAUUUUUAUGUGGACGAUGUGCUAACCGGCGCUGAAACAUUAACUGAAACUCUGGAACUGCGCAAUCAAUUGAUCCAAUUAUGUAAUGGCGGCCAGUUCAAACUUCGCAAAUGGUGCGCCAACCAUUCGGCUCUUCUUAACAACCUUCCACCGGAGGAUCUUGGAGAAAUCCACAAAUUCACGCACGAAGGAAACAACGGCUUGACAAAAACAUUGGGAACAUACUGGCAACCCCGCGAUGAUGAAUUACAUUACACCAUGCGACCGUUCAAUAGCACCAACACUUGGACCAAACGUAGCAUGGUAUCUGAAAUGGCAAAACUUUUUGACCCUUUGGGGCUUAUUGGACCAGUUGUAGUUCAAGCAAAAAUCCUCGUUCGUGAAUUGUGGCGUGAAAAACUUGAUUGGGAUACACAGCUUCCAGAUAACCAUCAUCGAAGGUGGGUGAGCUAUUAUGACCAUUUGACGGAUGUAAACAACAUAAGAAUAUCACGACGAGUAAUCCAAGUGACUGAACCUGCUGAUCUCCAAUUGCACAUAUUCUGUGACGCUUCCGAAGCCGCAUAUGGAGCCUGUGCCUACAUAAGAAGCAGGAACAGAUGUGAUGCUACAAGCUGUGAACUAUUAUGCUCCCGCUCACGUGUGGCACCACUCAAGGGAACUACCAUACCACGUCUUGAGCUCUGCGCUGCCUUACUGGCGUCACGCCUAGCAACCAAGAUCACUGACGCGUUACCGCUCAAAUUCUCAAAACAUGUGAUCUGGAGUGACUCCACCAUAGCUCUGGCGUGGAUUAAAAAUCACCAUGGUAGUAACCAAUGGAAGCAGUUUGUAGCAAACAGAGUAGCGGAAAUACAAGAACGUACUAUUGGUUACUAUUGGUAUCAUGUGGGAACUAAUGACAACCCGGCAGAUCAUAUCAGCAGAGGUUUAAGUCCGGAAAAAUUAAGAAAUUGCGACACAUGGUGGCAUGGGCCUUCAUGGCUACAGGCUGGCGAACAGCAAUGGUCAAACGCUGAAGUAGCCAUGGCUGACGCAGAGAUUCCUGAGCGUAGACUUCCCAUUGCAGUCUCCCUAAAAAUAUCGACUCAGACAGAACCUCACCUGGAAAUGCUGUACAGCCAAUUGGAGAAACUACAACGCAUAAUUUCAUAUUGCUUGAGAUUCAGGUACAACUGCCGUGCGACAGGCAAACUUAUACAAGGACCCAUCACUUUAACCGAGCUUCACGGCGCAUUAAGGGUGUUAAUAAGGCGGGCUCAGAAGCGACAUUUUCAAGAGGAAAUGAACGACUUAGAUCAAGGUCAACAAAUCCGAACCAAGAGCAAAAUAAGGUGUUUGACCCCAUUCAUAGAUGCCGGUGGAAUCUUGCGAGUCGGCGGCCGAUUGCAGCAUGCGGAUGUGAGCUACGAUGAGCGGCAUCCCGUCAUACUCAUGCCCAAUGAUCCACUCACAAGACUAAUCAUCGAUUACGAACAUCGACGAUUGAUGCAUGCAGGACCACAACAUCUACUGGCUUCACUCCGCCGGCAAUACUGGAUAUUCGGCGGGCGAAGCGCAGUACGCUUCCACACGCACCAGUGCGUGAAAUGCUAUAGAUGGAAAAUCAAGACAGCCACGCAAUUAAUGGGUUCAUUACCAGCUGCUAGAGUGAACCCGUCUCCAGCAUUUCAUGUCACAGGAUUAGACUAUGCAGGUCCAAUAGUCAUGCGGCAUGGUGGAGCCAGGAGUCGUGUCCUCGCCAAGGCAUACGUGGCACUUUUUGUUUGUUUCAGUACUCGAGCUAUUCAUCUAGAGUUGGUAUCAGACCUCACAAGCGUGGCAUUCCUUGCAGCAUUGCGCAGAUUCAUAUCACGGAGGGGAAAGCCGAUUCAGAUCCAUUCAGACAAUGGAACAAACUUUGUCGGAGCCAACAGAAUCAUGGGUGAAUUCUUAAACAACGCAUCCCUAAGGAAGGAUAUAUUAGAACAGUCACACAAGGAAGGAAUAGACUGGAGAUUCAUUCCACCUCAUGCCCCCCACUUUGGCGGUCUAUGGGAGGCCGGAGUCAAAUCAACAAAGUACCACCUACGCCGAUGCAUCGGAGACACCAUAUUAAGAUUUGAGGAGCUGUAUACAGUUUUAACACAAAUUGAAGCGGUGCUCAAUUCAAGGCCAGUUAUGGCAGUUUCGGAUGAUCCUGACAACUUGGAAGCCCUAACUCCGGGUCACUUUUUAAUUGGACGACCGUUAACAACCUUUCCGGAACCGACACUGCACGAUGAACCGGCGAUAAAUUGCCCAAGACGUAGAUGGGAUUUGGUUCAGAGGAUGUGUCAACAGUUUUGGGUGCGCUGGCGCCAUGACUAUCUGAACUCACUCCAACAACGACCCAAAUGGUCCAGAUCCAAGGUCAAUUUCAAAAAAGGAGAUUUGGUUAUACUAAAGGAGGACCACCAACCCCCACUGGAGUGGCACUUGGGCAGGAUAAUCCAGCUGCAUCAGGGAUCUGACGGACUAGUUCGAGUUGUUACCCUAAAAACAAGGAGUGGUACCAUGAAGCGACCAAUUACGAAACUCGCAAUGCUGCCUAUUCAAAAUGAACCACAAUCCUAA